CUCUGUGAUCCCACAUUUAUUUUUCUUAAUCAGCAUAGGUAAAGUAUUUCAAGGGAUUUCAGGGCUUUCUUUUCAUCCAUUUACUUUUGUGUAGCUCGGUCGAGUUUCAUCCCACUGCUGCCUGUUACCGAACAGCAUGAAUGAAUGAUGCAAUCCUGCAUAGGGGAGUCUCCAAUGCAGGACUGGGAAAAUCUCCAAAAUCUGGAGUUGCAGGCGCUUCUUGCUCUUGCAGAACUCACAGGACCUCUGGUAAAGAAAUUUGUAGUCAGGACCUUAUGCUGCAUUUUUAUUGAGGAGAGAAGCAGGAAGAGGAGUGUCUCCUAGGAACCCAGCACUGGAGGAACGUGAGUCAGGAGGAAACUUCUUCUAAGGAUGGUCUCCCACUCCGAGUUGAGGAAACUGUUCUGCUCGGCUGAUGCAGUGUGCUUCGAUGUUGACAGCACAGUGAUCAGAGAAGAAGGAAUUGAUGAGUUGGCCAAAAUCUGUGGAGUUGAGGACGCAGUGUCAGAAAUGACAAAGCGAGCCAUGGGCGGCGCGGUGCCUUUCAGAGCUGCCCUCACAGAGCGCUUAGCACUGAUCCAGCCCUCCAGGGAGCAGGUGCAGAGGCUCAUAACGGAGCACCCCCCGCACCUGACCCCUGGCAUAAGGGAGCUAGUAAGUCGCCUACAAGAGCGAAAUGUUCAGGUUUUCCUAAUAUCCGGCGGCUUUAGGAGCAUUGUCGAACACGUUGCUUCAAAGCUUAAUAUCCCAUCAACCAAUGUAUUUGCCAAUAGGCUGAAAUUCUACUUUAAUGGUGAAUAUGCAGGUUUUGAUGAGAUGCAGCCAACAGCUGAAUCUGGUGGGAAAGGAAAAGUUAUUAAACUUUUAAAGGAAAAAUUUCACUUUAAGAAAAUAGUCAUGAUUGGAGAUGGGGCCACAGACAUGGAAGCCUGUCCUCCUGCUGAUGCUUUCAUUGGGUUUGGAGGAAAUGUGAUCAGGCAACAAGUAAAGGACAACGCAAAAUGGUACAUCACUGAUUUUGUAGAGCUUUUGGGAGAACUGGAAGAAUAACCAAUUUUUACAGACUUCACCACUUCAGAUUAAUUUUUAAAAGUUAUACAGUUUGAUACUGUUUGUUUACAAUUGCCUAUUACAACUUAGUGCAUAAAUUUGGUACUGAUUAUCUGCACUUCCAAAUAAGCUACAAGUUAGGGCUUUUAGAAAGUUGCUUUUUUAUAAAAGCUAUAGUUCCAGUAUUAUUGUGACCAUCAAUUACCUGAAGAGUUUUAUAAUCUGAAUUUUUUAUGUAUUUUCCUACCUUUAUUUUAUUUGAAGCUUUUUAAAGGUGGAGAGUCAAUUAAACACCUUCCCUGUUGAAAA